AUGGUUCAGAGCAGGACUUUGUCAUGUACCUCACCCGUCAAAUUGGGCUGCCAUCUGCGAGUUUCCACACUCAGGAAAAGACUUAACUUCCGACGGGAUCUCACUGCGAGCAACUCGAACCGCAGCACGCCGGCCUGUUCACCUGUCCUGCGUAAACGCUCGCGCUCCCCAACAUCCCAGAGUCCAGAGGGAGAGAAUAUGGUGGAGAAGAGCUCCGAUCAUUCCUCCGACAAAUCACCCUCCACCCCAGAACAAGCAGUUCAGCGCACAUACAGCCAGACGCUUCACACCACUCGGCCCGGUGGCAAAAACUCUAAGUCACACAAGAGACUGUCUAAAAAAAGUCAAAGCUGGUAUAACGUUUUGAGCCCCACAUACAAGCAGCGAAAUGAAGACUUCAGGAAGCUCUUUAAGCAGCUGCCUGAUACGGAGCGUCUCAUCGUGGACUACUCCUGUGCCCUUCAGAGAGAUAUUCUCCUGCAGGGUCGCCUCUACCUCUCAGAAAACUGGAUCUGUUUCUAUAGCAAUAUCUUCCGCUGGGAAACCCUGCUGACUGUGAGGUUGAAAGACGUCUGCUCCAUGACAAAAGAGAAGACGGCCAGACUCAUCCCCAAUGCCAUUCAGCUGUGCACAGACAAUGAGAAGCACUUUUUUACCUCAUUUGGUGCAAGAGAUCGAACGUACAUGAUGAUGUUCAGACUCUGGCAAAAUGCUCUCCUGGACAAGCCAUUAUGUCCCAAAGAGCUGUGGCAUUUUGUCCAUCAGUGUUAUGGGAAUGAGCUGGGUCUGACCAGUGAUGAUGAAGAUUAUGUUCCUCCUGAUGAUGACUUCAACACCAUGGGAACAACAUGUGAUGUAAUAAGGAAAACACCACUAUUAAUCCUUGAGGUUUCCAACCCAGCAUACAGGUACUGUGAAGAGAUUCCUGUUGAAGACAAUGAGGCUAAUGACAACUGCCCCAAAACCCCAGAGGCCAAAAUAGACAUCAGCCCCCAGCUACACAGGAAAGCGUUCCCCAAUAGCGGUCUCAAUUCCACAGAUAGCACAGAUGCACCGGUCAAUUUUGACAUGCCCCCAGUGGAAGACUUUACAGGCUGUGUUCCAGAAGAUCUCCUGCCUCUGCCUUUACCUGACAACAUGCUGUCUGAUACCAGUGGCUCUGUCCCUGUUCACACCCCCUCCCCCUCCCUUGAUUUUAACGACAAUGAGGACUUGCCCACCGAACUCAGCGACUCCUCAGAAACACACGACGAAGCUGGGGAAAUACAGGCCUUCCAGGAGGAUUUGAAUGGGAAGCUUUACAUUAAUGAGGUGUAUAAGUUCAGUGUGGAUAAACUCUAUGACAUCCUCUUCACUGAAUCCCAGUUCAUGAGGGACUUUCUGGAACAGAGACGCUUCUCGGAUGUGGUUUAUCACCCCUGGAGGAAGGAGGAAACGGGUAAUCAGACUAGAGAGAUCAUGUACACCAUCUCCCUCUCCAACCCGCUUGCCCCAAAGACAGCCACAGUCACAGAGACACAGACGUUACAUAAGGCCAGUCAGGUGAGCGAGUGUUACAUCAUCGAUGCUGAAGUCAUCGCUCAUGAUGUCCCGUAUCACGAUUACUUUUACACGCUCAACCGUUACAUGCUCACUAGAGUAGCCAAGAACAAGUGCCGCCUCAGGAUAUCGGCUGAACUGCGCUACAGGAAGCAGCCAUGGGGAUUGGUCAAGGGCUUUAUAGAGAGAAACUUCUGGAGUGGCCUAGAUGAAUAUUUCAGGUAUUUAGAGUUGGAGUUAAGUAAGGUACAGCUGCUGCUUUCUGAACCUCACAAACAGUCUCCCAACUCCAAAGCAUUACGCACAGCUACAAUGAGGCGUCGGAAACGCCCCCUGACGCACAUGAGACAGCAGAACCUGGAUGAGGCGCUCAGUCCCGUCACCACACCUGAAGACGAGGAGAGUGUCGUCCACCGCAUCAAACACGUGGCAGGAUCCACGCAGACCAGACACAUCCCGGAACACAGAUCUGAGGGCCUGGCUCUCUACAGUUUUUCCAAACUCCUGCUCAUCAUCAGUUCUGUUCUGGUGCUGCUGGUAUUUUUGAAUAUGAUGCUGUUUUAUAAGCUCUGGAUGCUGGAAUACACGGCCCAGAGUUUGACCUCCUGGCAUGGCCUCAGGUCUCGUGAAAGUAAACUUCCGCAGACACAGAUUGAAUGGGCCCAACUUUUGGAAUCUCAGCAGCUUUACCAUGAAAAUGAGCUAGAGAAAUGGAGGGAAAUAAUAAAGUCGUCUGUGCUGUUGUUAGACGAGAUGAGAGAGUCUUUAAUGAAGUUACAGAAAGGUGUUGGAAUACGAGACCAGGAAUCCGAUAGUGAGGAGAGAACACGGCAUCACUGACAAACAGAAUCCCGGCUCAGCAAACGUAAGGAACAUCUCCACUUAGAAGAGAUUUGACGAGCUGGGCCGGGUGGGGCUAGAUAGGGCAGGGCGAAUGAAGUGGGGGGAUCCAACUGAACAGUUCUCACUCUCUGGCUGCAAUACCUCGAAGUGUCGUCAGACGGCAGACACCAAAGGAAACCCUGUACUAUCAUCUCUGUCUUCUCUUUCUCGUUUUUUUCCAUCUUUUCAUUCUGGGAUGUUCUGGAUUCCGACGAUGAGAGAGCCGAAAAAGGACGGCAUGAAAUCGGAGCCCCAUGUGAAAACCCAAUUGUGAAAUCAUCACCUAGGGCUAAAACAAACCAACAAACCAAAACAAUUCAACUGUAACAACAAAACGGACACUGACUCUCUGGUUUAAACACUUAAAAGACUAAAUUGGAUGUUUAAAUGCAACAGCAUCCCUUUUUAAAAUCUUUUGGAGUCUGGGACCAAAAAAAUAUGUAGUUAUUAUCAACAAGUGUUACUUGGUCAUGCAUACGUUUAUUUAUUAAGAAAUUAUGGAAUUGAAGUAUAUUAUAAAUACACAUGAAAAUAUACAGUAUUAUUUGUAAGUAGAGUUAUAUUUGUUAAUUUAUAACAGGCUUCCAUGGAGAAUCAAGGCUGGUUCCUUUCCAUGGUGCAUCAUCUAUAUGCAACUUAUUUCCCUCCCCUGUGGAGGAGUUACAUACUUCCCCUGAUUGGUUGAUUUGUAAUGGCAAAUGAGCAACGGUCACUUUUGAGGUUGAAAGAUGGUAGAAUCACUGACUGUUUGUCACUGGCUGCAUUCCAAUCUGCAUACUUCUACUAUGCACUAAAAUUGUGAUGGGAAAAUACAUCCAUUUAAAGGAAUAGUUCACACAUAAAAGGAAAAUUCUGUCAUAAUUUACUCAACCUCAUGUUGUUCCAAACCCAUAUGACUUCCUUUCUUCUGACUCAACCAAUGGCAUGAGCUUGGGGCAGGACUAGCUUUUUCCCCAACCAAUGGAAUUCGUGUGGGAGUGUUUGGGUAAACUUUCCCAAACAUGAUAAAUGAAUGAUAAAUUAUCAUUAUUUCCAUGAAAUUCCAUUUAGUGGUGCUAUGCUACGCUAAUGGUGCAGGAAUACACUUCACUUUUAGGUUCAUAUAUUUUAAAACUGCUGUGGCAGCGUCUCACAUUCCUUAUCAGUUUUCGAUAAUUAAAUAGUCAAUAGAGAAGCACCACAAACCCCUUGUCUUCCACUGGAGCUGUAGGCAACAUUUACUGCAAUGUAGGACUUAUUGAUAUUGAUUCUUAAAUCCCCAAUUCGAUCUUGUACUCUAUGCGCAACCAUGUACUACAAUGAGAGAAAAUCACUUGCAUUUGCAACCAAAUUUUGCGCUAUGUGACUAAAAACCAGUGAGUUUAGCAGCAAGCGUUCCAUGUAAUGGGUGUCCAAAGACAAGAUCCACUCAACCCAUUUGUCAUGAAUAACAUCUCUUUUAAUACCCUUUCAGUUCUUUACAGUCAGUUGUGAUCAAAAACUACAAAAAAGAAACAUGUAUUAUUAUUAUUUUAAUCACACAUUUUACACAUGGAUAAAGCCUUUAGAGUCCUCUCUCUCGAAAAUGCGCUAAUUGAUAGGCGCUCUAUAAAGAACAGCUGGUUUUCUUAAAGACAUAGUACUGGUUUUCAGCACGUUUAACAAAUCAUUGUACUCAAAAUACUUGUAAAGAGUAUAAAUGAUGCAUGCAAUCAAUACAUUAUAGAAUAGAUGUGUUAUAAUAUCAUUGAAUGCAUGGAUUUAUUAUUAUUAUUAUUUUCUUUUUUCUUUUUUUAAAGCUAAAAUGUGACCAAAAUGGUGAAAAACUAAUCAAAUAUAAUUAAUAAAAUUAAUAUUUUCUUAAUGUACCUAGUUAGAAUGUCCCUUGUAUAAUGUACAGCAUUAGCUGGAAGAGAAUUUCUUUCAUAUGUAAGCAAAAUUGACAUUUUAAACUGUAUUGUAAAUGGAAAUAUACACAUACUGUUUGAAUCGAACCUAACCAAAUCAAAAUCGGAAGAGCUUAUGAAUCUUAUCGAGAAAUCUGUACCAACAGGGACGUGCACAGACAAUUUGGGGGGCAGGGGCUCUGGUGGAAAAAAGGGCAUUUUUCGUAAUUAUUUAUUUUAAAAAUUAUUUUAAACAAAACAUUAAAUAUAUUAACUCAACUCUGACUUCCUUACCAAUUUAUUUUAAUUUCCUCACACUCAUGCAAUUGUUUCAUACUCAUACAAAAUAAUCAGUUCACACAGAGACCAUGGUCUUCUUUAGUAUUCACUAGGUUUAUCACAAGAGCAGGAAACAGCAAAGGAAACUAUGCCACAAUGUGUUUUCUAUCCCACUAGUUUCAUGUAUAUAUUUAGAAUAAAUGACUGCACCAAGGAGAGGGACAUAGUUUCACUAAUCAUUUGUUUAUUUUGCACAAAGCAAUAAAUAAUUUUAAUUAUUUUGGUGUUAUUGGAAUACAUAACACUUCAAUGAAUGCAAACGCCUAAUUUUCAUAUCAAUGUGGCGAUUGUGAUGACGUUAUUAGACACAACUUUUACUGUAUUCACCUGUAGUGUCUCCAUUAAGUACAGUACAUUAGCCUGUAUGGUCAUGAUAUAUAUUUAGCUAACUUAUUACAUUAGUAGCUCAUGAUUCAUGCAUGUUAGCAAGACACAAGUUAACUAUACUUGGCUUUUGGCUAAUUAGCUGUAAAGUCGACUGGUAGCUUAGUCUUUUGUUCAUCACCACUCACCUCCACACAAGCCAAGAAAAACACAACUGGGAUAGGAGCUGGGAGGGGCUGCUGCCUGCCUGUCUGUGUGUGUGUCUGAUGUGCCGAUGUGUGUGCUGCACUGCUGCGUGGAGACGCGGAGGGAGAGAGAGAGGGAAGGCACCGGAACUCGACAAAGUCUCAUAUCCCGACCUGAUGUUUUGAUUUUUUAUUCAAUAACUAUAUUUGUUUGACAGGGAAGCUGUGCACAAACAGGAAUAUAUAUAUAUAUAUUCUAUCUAUCUUUUGGAGUCUGUACCAAUACCAAGCCCCACAGACAAGCAUUCAUGAAUGCAUAUUUUGAAAAUUCAUGCAUUGAAUAUAAAUGGAAAUUGUACACUUUCAGGCACUUUUGGCAUAAUAUUUCCAAUGCAAUAUAUGAUUUCAGAAAUGAUUGAAUAUUCAUUUAAUGAUUUCAGACAUACCAAUCCUUUUUAAUUAUGCAAAUUGGGAUGCAGCCAUAAUACAAGCCUGAGGUCAACCAAACCUCUCAAGCUGUUACGGUGGAGUAUCAGUAGUUAACCAUAAAAACUGCAUGUUCACCAAUAAGCAUCCAUUCACUUGUGAAUGAGUUAUUGUUGCAAGAAUGCUUCUGUAUUGCCUCGGGGUUCAUUUAUAUCCUGCGGGCAGAUGUAAACAACUUCAUAUUGCUAAGCUUUUCAAAUGUGUUUUUAUUUUAAAGCCAUUCCAUGACUUUUGUUCCACGUUUUAUGUUGUCUCUGUGUUUUGAGGGAGAUUUUUAUGCUGAAAUAGCUGCUGGACGAGUGACAGAUGCACAUUGCUCAUGUGAGAACAUAUUGAAUGUGGUUUGGUCUGUUGCAAUGAAGCUGGACAGCAUUAUUUUAUUAAUUCUUUCUUAAAAAUGAUUUCUUUUUUUUCUUUGUUUAAGACUAAACUGUGAAUAAUUCCAAUUAUGCUUGAAUUUAAACAGAUCAAUAUUCAGAGCCUCUAGUAAUAUAAUUACAGUUUAAUCAUUCAACUUCCUUAAAAGGUCUUGAGGUGCCACAAGUAAAGUUGUGUCUUGUAUGAAACCCAAACACAAAAGCCCAAAAGUGUGUAAUAACAAAAUCUCAAACUCAAGGCCACUGACACACUGAGCCUUGAUGCUCUUAUGGGUGACACAGGUUCGAGUCCAGCUCCUGUCAUUUCUUGAUCACGUUCUCUCGUUUUUCUACCCAUCAUUUUCUAUCAGUCUUUUUUAUCUCUAUCUAUAAAAGUGGCAAAAAGGUCAAAAAAUACAAGAAGAAAAUGCAUUUACUGGAUUGGAUAUAUUGAUAAGCAAGUAUUUCACAAUCUAUUAAUGGUAACCUGAUUUGUGUAAUUAAACUUUUUUGAAGUCUUCCACGUAUUUCACAGCACUGUUGUCCAGUUUAUGAUUGAUGUAGAUUCCAGAAAUGUGUUCUGUUAGGCAGUUGACUGUCUCAUUAAUUUCUGUAUUGCCUCAUACAUUAGUCCUUGUUUUUGUGUCCUGCCAUGUUAAAAGCUGAUAAAAAGCUGAAAUCAUGUGGCUGGACUGAUUUGAUAUUUCAGUCUCUCACUGGUGGGGUCGCUCAAGGUCAACUGGAUCUUAAAGGAAUAUUCCAGGUUUAGUAGAAGUUAAGUUCGUUCGACAGCAUUUGCGGCAUAAUGUUGAUUACCUCAAUAAUUUAUUCAGAAUCGUACCUCCUUUUCUUAAAAAAAAUGAAAUAAGCAAAAAUCAAGAUUACAGUGAGGCACUUUCAAAUGGAAGUGAAUGGGGACAAUUUUUGAAGGAUUUAAAGGUAGAAAUGCAAAACUUAUAAUUUUAUGAAAGCACAUACAUUAAUUCUUAUUUGAGCUUUAAUGUUGUUUAAAUCAUAUUAUUUUUGGGAUUACAGGGUUUACCGCUUGCAGAGUUGGAUAUAAUUUAACACAGAAAAGGUUAGUAUGUGAUUUAAUCACACUAAACUCAUAUUUACAUGCACAUAAUGUACGUCUCGUGGCAAUACUUUUGAAAAAGUGAGUAUUUAAACAGUUACAGAUUGGCUCCAUUUACUUCCAUUGAAAAUGCCUCACUGUACCCUCGAUUCUUUGUUCGUAUUUUUCUUUUUUAAAGAAAAGGAGGGACGAAAUAAUUUUUUGUGGUUAUCUUCAUUAUCCCACAAAUGUUUUCAACUUGUAUUGAACCCAGAAUAUUCCUUUAAUCCUUGCUUGUCUUUUAUCCAUACCAGUUAAAGGAAUAGUCCACACAAAAAUGAAAAUUAUGUCAUUGUUUACUAUCCCUCAUGUUGUUCCCAACUUGUAUGACUUUCUUUCCUCUGUGGAACCAAAAAUAUAUAUAUGAUGGGCAGAAAGUUCAAUCUCAGUCACUUUAAUUGUUUAAAAAAAGAUGCAAAAAAGCUAAUGGAAGGAAGUAUGGUUUAGAGCAACAUGAGGGUGAGGAAAUGACAACAAAGUGUCCUUUUAGGGUGAACUAUCCCUUUAAGAAUAAACAGACAAAGCCAGCUUUGAUACUGCAUUAUUGGUUCCAACCCGACCACCCACAAAAUAUCAACAGAGACCAGAGUCACAGCAUUCUCCUCUCAUUCACACACGUCAUUGACUUUCCCGAGGGUUCCAUGACUCGGACUUGUCCUUUCACAAAGUAUUUUUCAUGUUGAGUCUGAUGCUGUAAAAAAAAAAUAUCCAAGCAGGGAACAGGCUGUUUAUAUUUUUCUAUCUACCUCCAUGUACAAUCUCAUCUUUUAAACCAGUAUGCACUUAAUGUGCGAUGGCUGUGUGUUCAAGUACUGUGUGUACAUUAUCAAUCCACACAUGAACAGCCUCUGUGUGAAUGUAUUUUCUUGAUGAAAAUGUAACCUUUAUUUGUAUGUAAUUGCAUAACAUCUUUUGAUGUCAAACAAUUGGAGGCUAUAGUGCAACAAUAGUGCAACAAUGCAUACUGUCUGGCCCUAAAAAUAGGCCUAUUAUUUUUCUGUUCUGUAUACUACAGUAUCUGGAGAGACAGGAUGAUUGCUUUUCUAUGGCCAUGACUGCUAUGGUGCAUACUUAUUUGAAUUGAUUGUCUCAUUUUUAUUUAUAUGUUAAUUUAUUUCAUUAUAAUUUCUAAACGAUCUUAGCCAAAAAUCAUGUCAAGGUCGGUGCAAAGCACUAAGGAACACACAGGAUAAGUAUACUCUGUUUUUCCCUCAAAGCACUGUAAAUAUUUUCUCAUGAUCAAAUAAAAUCAUAAAAUGACUUUGAAGUUCACUAAUUCCAGAAAUCAAACUCGUUAAGUUCAAUGUUUGGUAUGCUAAUGGUUUUGUUUCCAAAGGAAAAUCUAUCUGGUACCAUACACAUUUUAUAAAAGUAGUUUCCAGCCCUGGAAAGAAGGAAUUGUUGCUAAAGAACUGCAUCAAAUUUUUAAAAGAAAAAUAUAUUACAAUAAUUUUAGCAUUGUAAUUUAUAAGGGUUUAAAAAUGCUUUGUUUUGUAUUAUUUAAAUAUCUCUAUUCAAAAUGUAUAUACACAUGAGUAUAUUGCAAUGGAUGUAUAUGUUGUGUACAGUGCAUAUCCUACAUGCGCUGGCAGCACUGUGUGGGAUCCCUGGAAAUAUUUCUGAGGAAAUAUAACUAAACAAUUUGUGUUGUCAAGAAAUAGGCGGCAUGAUUAAAAAUAAAAGUA